CAUCCCAUCAUCACCCACUCUUUGUCCACGCACCCCUCGUUCAAUUGUUGGCAUUCAUCAACAACCUCUCCGCCGUGACUGCUCGUCGCUCUCCACGCGCUGCACGUUUGAUCACACACAACGUCUGGGCGCCCGGCCAUGUCAACUCCGCUUCUUGCCCAGUUUCCAUCCUUGGCGGCUUACCCGUCCUCGUUCCUCAAGGACCUUCUCUCCUCUCCAGAACUCACUGAAGCGUUCCUCUUCUCUCUCCCGGAGGUUCAGGAGCUCGUUGGCGAAGUUGAGCAGCUCGGCCGCGAGAACGUCGAGCUUGCACAACAAAAUCUCGCAUUGCGCGACGAGUUGAUAGCGCUCCGCGACGCAACCGCGCAGUCGUACAGCCACGCCGAGGCUCUCAAGGCGCACUGGGCCCAACUGGAGAAGACACAGGCGAGCCUCUACCAACAGCGCCAGCGUCCUUCCUUCCUCCACAUGCGGCUGAAGCAUAGCUUGACAGCUCAGGAUAACGAGAGUGAGAAGAUAGCAACGACGUUCAUCGAGGGCCGCACCGACUCGCCGGCGGCAGGUGAGAGCGGGCGUGAUGCUGCGCUUGACGCGUUCAUUGCCGAAUUCAAGGCUGCGCGCAAGACGUAUCAUAAGCGUAACAUUUGGGCGGAGCGGUGGAGCCGCGGGGAGGUGGCGUGGCGCGACGACUAGUGUUGUUGUACUAUAUACGCGCAUGUGCAUUGCAUAGCAUUUCUUGGC